AUGGCUCUGCGACAGAUGCACAGAGCUGCCAAGUUUGCCCGAGACUCGCAGCUGUGGUGGCACUGCUUCAAGAGAUUUAGCGGCGCGUCCCUGCAGUCUGCGCGACCUAGACGUACAGCGGUUCAUGGAAGUGACUUCGUAUCUGUGUCCUUUGCUCGGUCAGCGUCGGUGCGCCUAAUGUCAAGCAUCAGUGGAAGUGAUGGAAAAGAUGGAGAAGAUCCAGAAGUACAUGAGGUUGAACUGCCUGCCGGUGCGUUGCUAGUAGGCGAUGUUUCGAAAGAAGCUGGGAUGGAGGAGCUGCUGCGUGCAGCCCGGGGUGGAGGAGGAGGCAUUCGAGUGGCACGGCGCUGCCAUGGAUGUGGUGCCUGGCUCCAUUCCAAUAACCCAGAAGAACAUGGUUAUGUUCCCGAGGAAGCACGGGAGAGGUUUUCGUUGACAGGACGACGAAAAGACAGUUCAGCACCAAGGGGCGUGCCAGUGGAGACAGUCCCGGACGGCGUGGAGGUCAUGCGUGAUUCCUCGCUUAAGUACAAGGACAAGACACGCCUGCUGGUAUGUCAACGGUGCUACAAACUGCAGCACUAUCACAAGCUAGACACAUUUGUGAAGGGAGGCUUCUACAGAAUGGAGGGCGGACGCGACUGGGAGCAUGAGGCAGGCUGCAGGCUGCAGUAA